AUGAGUAAGCACAGGCUUCAUACUUCGGGGGUUGUUCCAUUCGCGUGGGAGAGAGAGCCUGGGAGGUCCAAGGUCGAACCUAACGCUAAGGUUCUCUCCGCAGCUGCAGUCGGGAAGGUAGACUCCAAGCUCCCACCCCCACCAUGCCGAAAUGAGAGACAAACGCCGUCCGAGCACCGCAUGUAUAUCCCACUUCCCCCCUGUCCGUUCCAGGGCUCUCAGAGCAACUCCUCCUGUAAGUCUGGCCCGGGGGUCGACCCCUUUUUCGAUGCCUAUAUGGAGUGCACCAGAAGCGCCCACCACGAAGGGAAGGGGGGAGCUAAACAGAAGAAGAGAGGUGGGAGAAGGGGUCUGAGGCGAAAGAUGCUUUGGUUUUCCUGCAACAGCAAGCUCGACGUCGCGGAAGAUAGCAUGGUGGAGUUGCCUGAGAUCUCUCCUUCGCAUCAUAUCAGAGACAAUUACAUGGGUCUGAUGUGGAGGGAAUCCUACGAAAUCCGGGUAAACCCUGGCCACUAA